CUGGGAAGAUGGCGGACAUUCAGACUGAGCACGCCUACCAAAAGCAGCCAACCAUCUUUCAAAAUAAGAAGAGGGUCCUGCUUGGAGAAACUGGCAAGGAGAAGCUCCCGCGAUACUACAAAAAUAUCGGUCUGGGCUUCAAGACGCCCAAGGAGGCCAUUGAGGGCACCUGCAUUGACAAGAAAUGCCCCUUUACUGGUAAUGUCUCCAUCCGAGGGCGGAUUCUUUCUGGUGUGGUGACCAAGAUGAAGAUGCAGAGAACUAUUGUCAUCCGCCGAGACUACCUCCACUACAUCCGAAAGUACAACCGCUUUGAGAAGCGCCACAAGAACAUGUCCGUGCACCUGUCCCCCUGCUUC